CUUUAUUUUUCGAAAAUGUUUAAUCCCCUCCGUCCCCUCCCCCCCUCUUCCACACAUUCUCCCUCUAACGGAUCCCCUCUCUCUACAUUAUUCUCUGUGCAUUUUAAUUUUUUUUCUGUCACCGGGGGCCCAGUUUCCCCGCCCACUCUCCUCAUUUUCGCCUGAGUCUAGAAUAGUGGAGCCAAGAAAUAGUUAAUCUCUCCGGCUGCUGCUAUGAUUGGCCGCUGUAUGCAGCCCUCAGCCUCCUUGAAUGAGAAACAGGGGUAACCAGGCAACUUCAGAGCUGGAGAGAGGGGGAAAAGAAGAUAGGGCUUUACGGGAUCUUAGAAUUGAGCAAGAAUUUUGAACAUGUAAAAGAGAAAAAAAAAGCGAGGCAAUGUGAUUUCACCUUGUGUGUCCGGCAAAUGGAAUUAACAAAUGGAUUUUCUUAAACACGCUCUCUCCCUCUCCCUGUCUCCUCUCUCCUCUCAUUGGGGGGGAAAUAGAGCGCUCAGAUGAAGGGGACACAGAUGUGGAUUAAAACGCAUAAAUGGGACACUCCAGAGAAGCAUCCGCUGAGAAAAGUGCUCGGAGCAAGUGACUGUGAUGGGCUGUCAGACUGCAUCUGAAGUGCUCCACCAAAGUAUAAUAUCCACUCCUGACCUACUCUGAAGAACAAUAUUUGAUUCAAUCAAUGUUGCGGUGUCCCCCUGGAGGGAAUUACUCCUGAGUAAUAGGUGGACCCUCAGAAAAGAGCAACAGUGGACCAUGUGAUACUUGACCUUCAAGGAGAGAACUCAGGUACACUCCAGAAGAUGUCAAAUCUGAUCUGAGGCUGCUCUCGAGAGGAUCUCCUAGCUCGUAACUCAAUCAUCUUUUCAUGUGUUGUUCGGCAGUGCUCGUAUGCCAUGGGCCAGCAGUGACAGAGCGUAGCCUUCAAUGCUGGAUCUUCAUUUAUUGAGGAGUACCAGACAUCUCAUCAUGGAUUUGAAUGAGAUUUUCUCCACCAAAGAGCGACUGUAAGAAAGACUGGAGUGUGGGGGAAUUGGACACUGGGAGUUGGGAGGAUUAGCUAGUGUGCUGCUAACCCAUGGUGGAUCUGCUGUAAGCAGGACAAGGGACCCAGCAGUGGAGGAUGUCAGCGGAGGCCGAGCUCCAGCCGGGUGUCAAAACCAGCCAGCGAAAGGAGUCCAGGAGGAUCAAAGGUCAGGACCGCAGUGAGGCGGGGCUUAUUAAGCGUUUCCGUGGAGAUGGCGUGCGCUACAAGGCCAAGCUGAUCGGGAUUGAUGAAGUGACAGCGGCGCGCGGGGACAAGCUGUGCCAGGACUCCAUGAUGAAGCUGAAGGGAAUGGCGUCCUCGGCACGUUCCAAAGGGGAGCACAAGCAGAGAGUGUUCUUGACGGUCUCUUUCGGCGGGAUCAAGAUUUACUGUGAAAGAUCAGGGGUGCUCAUGCAUCACCACUCAGUCCACGAGAUCAGCUACAUCGCCAAGGACACCAGGGACCACCGGGCCUUUGGCUACGUCUGCGGAAAGGAGGGCCACCACAAGUUUGUGGCCAUCAAGACUGCACAGUCGGCGGAGCCUCUCAUCAUUGACCUGCGCGACCUCUUCACUCUCAUCUACGACAUUAAACAGCGGGAGGAGAUGGAGAAGAAAGCCCAGAAGGACAAACAGUGUGAGCAGGCAGUCUACCAGACCAUCCUGGAGGACGAAGUGGACGAUCCAGUUUACCAGUACAUAGUGUUUGAGGCUGGACACGAACCCCUCCGUGGCCCCCAGUCAGAGGAGAGCGUUUAUCAGGUCCCAACCAGUCAGCAGAAGGAAGGGAUCUAUGAUGUCCCAAAACGCCAUUUCAUGACUAACAUCAACCACUUUGAUCUUUUCGGCGACAUGUCCACUCCUCCCUCGAUGCCCCCAUCACCUGCCAACACACUGGACCCUAGCAGGAGCAGCCGCCAGCAGCAACACACUCCCGCUGAGUUGUACGCCCCCUUCAGCCCCACCUCCGUGCCGUCAGGUUAUAUGACCAUGGGUCCGGUGCAGGCGGCCCAGUGGGCACAGCAGCCAUUUCCUGCCCAGGCCCAGACUCUGGCCUUUCCCGUGCAGGGGCCCCUCCAGGUGGCUCAAGUCCUCCCCGGUGGUCAGCCGGUCAUCUGGAGCCAGGCCAACAUAUUCCCGGCCACUCAGCAGCAGUGGGCGGCCAUGGCGGCCUACAUGCCAGCCCAGACCGUGGGCGUGGGGGGACAUGCCAUACCAGCUGCCAUGCUCCAAGGCCUGGUACCCAUUACCACCAUGUGCCCCCAAGCCUGCGACAUAUCGGCCCCCUCUUCCGCCAUCACCAGCCCCCAGCACACGGCCGACCCUGCCCUGCUUCAGAGGCAGCUGAGCCUGGGGAAGGAAGGCCUCGGCGUGGACUCAGACGCAGGCGAGGGUACCUCUACAUCGGGAGCCGGAGCAGCAGGGGUGGGACCUGGCGUCGCGUCAGCAGCGGUGAGCAGGUGCGGGACCCCAGGCCUCAUGAGUGUACCGGACAUGCUGGUCUGCAGUCAGCUGCUGCCGCCUUCAGCUGCUGCGACCCAGGAAGAAGAAGGGAGCUGUAGUGACCUUGAUCUCUCUAGGAUGACCUUGAGCCCAGGUACAUCCACGUCACCGUCCACUGAAUCCCCCUCCACCCCAGCCCCUCAGCAGAGCUCGUCUUCAGACUGCCCCCCCUCCCAAGCCAGUGACCCCGCCACAGAUCUCUCCCCUGUAGACCCAGAGGGCAACGCCAGCAACGCCAAGGAGGAACAAUCGGGCUCUGUUGUUGCAAGGUCGAUCUCUCCGGCGCCCAGUGGAGCUGCUGAUCCUCCGCAGGAUCAGACCUGUCCACAGGAAGACAGCUAGAGAACAACAGACACAGAGGGACGGAAGCUCUCAAAGGCAAAAAGACAGAAGCUCACGACAGAGAGAAGACGAGAGAGACGAGCAGCAGCGUCUCUCACAGCUGGAUUACACAGACUUGUUCUGUUUUUUUCAACCUUUAAAGGAUAUUUUGGCAGUUCUGUAAUAAGCUGGCUACCCAAGGAUCCGCUCUCCUCCAGAGGGCCACAUACUGUACUGUACUCCUCAGCAUGACAACCAGACUUUGGCUCUAUCGUCCAAUCACAUAACCUUUCAACCAGGAAGUGACCUUUGAUCGGGAGGCGAUGGCGCCCUCCUGUAACGGAUUGUUGAGUUUAUAGCUGUGAGGAUACGCUAAACGGCUGUGGUGACGCUGAUGAUGCAAAUUAUUUUUUGGAACCUUUAAAGAGGAGCAGCGUCCUACUGUAUGUGGUUGACCUUCGGUUUGCCCGCCGCCACCAGCAGAGACUGCACACAGCAGAUGGAUUUUGCCAAAUGUUCUCAUCGUGUUGCUCCACCGAUUUUGCAUGAACAGACUUAAUGUGGAUUCAGCGGACUCAGCUGUGAGCAAAACUGUUCUCUGCAGCUUCCUCCAAGACCCGAAACGAAUUACAAAAAAAAAAUCUUUUUCUUAUUUUAUAAGCUGUGAAUUCUUAGUUGAUGACGCCGAGUCAUUAGAGGGAUCGAAAUGACUUUGAGGCAUCAAAAUCAAAAUUUGCCAAACAUCUAUUUUGUAAAUAAGAAUCUCCCCGGUCCCCCGUACCCGAGCCUCUGUGCCAUACGAUAGCUCUCUGCCUCUUGGAUGCCAACUACCUGUGUUUCUCUCAAAGCAAUGCCCUACCAGCACCUCCAUCUUUGACGUCUGGAUGUUUGUUUCGCUUUUGCAGCCGUUUAUUUUUCACUUCUGAAAAUGUCUCUUCUGUUCGGUCGGUGAGAUAUGAACUGUGAAUCUGUGUUACAUGGUCAUUCAAAAUAAAGCCUGCUGUACCUGUCUCAUCAUUUUGAGCUUGAAAGAAAUGAACGGGGUCGACAAACAUAAAGACAGCGACUUAAAACCCUGCGACUCCUCAAAGGUUACAGGUUUUUUUAUUAAAUAGGAGGCAGAUUUUGCUUCAUUCUUGUUUUUAGAUAUUCUACAUCUCCAGCUGAGGUCGCUUUGUUUACAGUUUGCCUCUUUAAAUCACAUCUCUUUGGUUUCUUGAAUAAAUAAGCAGAGUAAACCCACAAGCUCGGAGACAGUAGAGUGCAUUUCGAUGCCUUAUCAGGUUUAUUUUUGUUGUCCAGUCACUGUUCCUCUUGUCAGGUCAUUUGUAAACAGUAAACAGGUCAUUGUUGUAACAAAGCACUUGGGCAUAUUGUAGGUCAGCUCCACCGAGUCGAAACGGUCGAAAAAGAAAGAAAGGCGACUUUAUAUAAUAUGAACAAUAGAGAUAUCACUAUUAACUGCUAGACUUACAAUAACAAACGGUAACUGUACCCCUGCUCGUGUAAGAAAAAUGAGAAAUAGUCCAAAAUAUUUUGUAAAUUUUAUUUAUGGAAUUAAGAAUUGUCAUGAAAAAGAGAAAAAAAAAGGACUUUUGUACGUCUAUGACUUCCCCAUACACUGUACCCAUGCCACUGUUCAGUCACAAAUAAAAUAUCAUGUG